GUGGGUCAGGCUAUCCCUGGUCGGAUGGUCCUGGAUUCUGUAAGAAUGCAGGCUGAGGAAGCCAGUAAACAGCACUCCUCCAUGGACUCUGCAUCAGAUCUUUCAUCUAAUAUUCUGCCCUCCUUGAGUUCCUGUCCUAACUUUCUUCAGUAAUAGACAGGAGUAUGGAAGUGUAAGCCAAAUAAAACCUUUCAUCCCCACCUUGCAUUUUGGUCAUGGGGUUUCUUCCCAGCAAUAGAAUCCCUCUACAAACAGUUGCUCAGGUCUUAGUGACAUUGGGUAUGAAACUGAGGUGGCAUGUCUUUGCUGUCCCAGGAGGCAGUGACAUUCAUGGAUGUGGCCGUGGUCUUCAGUGAGGAGGAGCUGGGGCUGCUGGAUGCUGACCAGAGGAAGCUGUACCAUGACGUGAUGCUGGAGACCUUCAGGAACCUUCUGUCAGUGGUAGGCCAGAGUCCAAACAAGAUGGAGACUCUUCAUGCAGCAGGAUUGAGGUGCCUUUCGCUGGGGUGGCUUCCAUGCUGUCAAAUGACAAGCCAUGAUGUCAUCAAACUGGCCAGAACUCCAGAAGCUGAAAUAAACACUCAAGGAAAGGGUCCUCACUUCCUGGAGCAAUGCCACUCCUCCUGCCACGGGCCUGGAGAAGAGCUUCCCUGGGCCUUCGAGGACGACUGCUGUCUUGCAAGUCUCAAAAGCCACUAUUCCAGCAUUACUGAAAAUCAGGAAUUUCUGUCUGGUAGAGCCCUGAGUUCUUGGAGUAAAACACAUCUUACGGAGAGACAGAACCUUCAGCAACACUGUCCACAGACUCUGGUGAAAAAAAGGCCACAACUGUUGGCUCCAGGAGGUGACAUUCUGAGUUGCAUUUCCCACCAUAAUAACAAUAAACUGCAUAAAAUAGACAAAGCCCACAGCACCAUUGACUGUGGAAAAGUCAUCUUUCCUGAGUCACCCCUCACCCAAAAUCCUGUUGACACCAAAAGGAAGGCCUACCAGUGCAGCAAGGGCCAGCAAGCUGUCACUGACAGCCCCAGUCUGGAACUCCAUCAGCAGAUCUUCUUAGCAAAGGAGUCCCCUGUACCUAGUACACAUGAGGACACUAGGCAUAGCUCCAGUGUCCCCGUUCAGCAAAGUGCUCAUCCAGGGAAAAAGCGGUACUGGUGUCUAGAGUGUGGCAAGGAUUUCAGUAAGAGCUCAAGCCUUCAGACUCACCAGAGAGUGCACACGGGGGAGAAGCCCUACAGGUGCGACAGCUGUGGGAAAGGCUUCAGCCGCAGCUCAGAUCUCAACGUCCACUACCGAGUGCACACGGGAGAGAAGCCUUACAAGUGUGAUGUGUGUGGGAAGUGCUUCACAAAGUGGGAACACCUCCAGAUCCACAAGAGAAUCCACACAGGAGAGAAGCCAUAUAAGUGCGGAGACUGUGGCAAAGGCUUCAGCUGUAGCUCGAACCUUCACAACCACCAGAGAGUCCACAAUGAGGAGAAACCGUACAAGUGCGACAAGUGUGGGAAGGGUUUCAGCUGGAGUUGGAACCUUGACCUCCAUCAGCGGGUCCACACGGGAGAGAAGCCAUAUAAAUGUGAAGAGUGCGGGAAGGGUUUCAGUUCACUCUCAAACUUCCGAAAGCACCAACGGGUCCACACAGGAGAGAAGCCAUUUCGGUGCAAUGUGUGCGGGAAGGGCUUUAGUCGGAGCUCAAAUUUUCAAGCUCACCAGAGAGUUCACACCGGGGAAAAACCAUACAGAUGUGACGUGUGUGGGAAGUGCUUCACCUGGAUCAUGAGCCUUCACAGUCACCAGAGUGUCCACACAGGAGAGAAACCCUAUAAAUGUGAGGAGUGUGGCAAAGGUUUCAGUCACGCCUCAAGUCUGCAGGUUCAUCAGAGUGUCCACACAGGCAAGAAACCAUUCAAAUGCAAUGUAUGCCAGAAGCAGUUCAGUCAGGCCUCAAACCUACAGUCCCACCAGAGGGUACAUACCAAGGAGAAGCCCUACAGAUGUGACAUGUGUGGGAAAGCCUUCAGCCAGAGAUCCUAUGUCCAACUCCAUCAGAUAAUUCACACCGGGGAGAAGCCAUUCAAGUGUGAGGAGUGUGGGAAGGAAUUCAGAUGGAGCUCGGGGCUUAGUGCUCACCGGAAGGUCCACAUGGGAGGGUUCACACCGUACACAUGUCGGUAGUGUGGGAAAUGCUUCGUUCAAGCCUCGUGCUUCCAGAGGCACCAGAUAGUGCACACCAGGGUGAGUUCUUACAUCUGAGGUAUCUGUUAAGGCUUCAGUCAGAAACCACAUGUGGUCUACUACCAGAGAGCCCACACUGCAGGGGACCUGUAG